AUGGAGCCCAUCGCCGGCAAUCAGGGUCGCCGGGCAAAGCGUGUCAGGGCUGUAGAGGCCCUCAGCGAAGACCAGGUGCAGCGGAAGCGCAACGUCGACCGAAUGGCUCAGCGGGCUUUCCGGCAAAGGACCAAGGAUCGCAUCUCUGACCUCGAACAGCAGCUUGAGCACGCGCAAGAGAUGUCUAAUCUAAAAGAUCAGCGGUUGUCGGCAUUAUGCGAGCACAGGAACUUGUUGCUCCAGUUGCUCAACAACGGUGCCAAAGGUUCAGGUUCCAAUGCGCUCCACCCGCCGCCGUCGUCGUCGUCGUCGUCGGGCGAGGCUUUGACGGACCGUCAGAUGGAUGCAGGCUCUUCUCCGAGUAGCCCAACCACCAGCGGAUCAUCCGGUGAUUUAGCAAACGACCCAAGAAUAGAAUGCACCAUGUGGCGAGGGCCUGUUUCUCACCUCUCGGGGCCCGGCGGCGGCGCCGACGGAGACCCUCCGAGCCCAUUCCCACAGACUACGCGUGGCCAUGCUGCAGCACACCUCGUCGCCCCCCUUCACUUGCCUCCCACAUGCCCGCUAGAUCACAUCCUUUCGGACUUUGUGGCUUCGCGCAGGGCAAUGUUGUCCCGAGGGGCUGCGCUCGAGGUUGUGCUUGGAGAUCCCAGGCCAUCGGUCAAGGCGCUCUUCGACGAGGCAUCCGUCGCGUCUUUGCACCCGCUGAGUGCUCUGUUGUCCAAGGUCCUGGCAACAUUCCCCGGGCUCAAGACACCGGAAAGGCUGGCCUUCUUCUAUGUCAUGAGCCUGACAAUAAAGGUAAACAGUUCCAUGGGAACAUCCAAGGAGAAACAAAUGCACUAUGGCUUGUAUCACUCGACAGAGACCAUUAUAAUGCUCUACCAGCCUGGCUACGACCGACAGCCAGGCGUGCGUCAUGUUCUAGUGGAAAGGUCAGAGCAACUGUCACACCCGGUAUUCUCUCCUCACUUUUCGUCCAACGUCAGUGUCAACUGGUCCUUUGAUGUAACAGAUGCGGUCUCGAUCGCUGGGGGCGAGACCGUCCUGCACUCGAUAUUCGAAAAGCACGUGAGGAACCUGAAGAACUGGACAAUGUCGCCCGAAUUCAUGGCCAGAUUUCCGGAAAUGGCUGCCUCGGUCGUGUCCCUGGAAUAA